UAUAUAGAUACAGAUGGAGGUUCAAAAAUGGCUUGAGAGCAAAGGAAGGAGCCUGGGUUGGUGUGUUUAUGGUGGUUUUGAAGGUCUAAGUACCCAAUUCCGGCGACAUUCUCCAAAUGAAUGAACUGCUCAUUGGCUGUCCUACCCUGUAGGACAGUGAAAUAUUGUUUCUCCAGUAUUCCCAAUACAUUUCCAACAGAUUAAGGUCAUUCUGUGACCAUGAUGAAUCAAGACAGAAACAAGGCCACUCCGUAGUCACCUCCGAACUGAGACAAGAAAAAAGAAGAAUAUCGUCCAAACAACAAAACUGACCAAACACCCCCUAUCCUAGCUAAUAUGAGUAACCACUGCUACUUUCCCAGUUGUAGUUUUGGCCUCGCUGCAUUCUUCCUUUCUUCUAGGUGUGUUCCUAGUGGUCUUUGGCUGGAUGGUGUUGACAAGUUUUUAAGAGGGUCCACCGAUGGACCCAUAUGGUAACUGCAAUAUGGAAUGCAUUUUGCUCUAACAAGCAAAGUCUUUUCUUUUUUUCAUUGGAAGACCUGUAAACGAGACUACAAGUCAUGAAAUAUCACUAUUUACAAAUAGAACUGCACAAAAGAGAAACUAGACAAAAAGAAAGAGAAAAGGUUGUUGAUCUCAUAACUCCUAAGGCAAGACAGCUUGGUAAAAGGGUAGAGGGAUGGAUAUAUAUGUAUCUGCAUCUGGAUAGGUGUAUGUAUAUACAGUACACAACAGAUCGAUGAUGUUAGGUGGUGGAUGCUCACGGUAGAAAUCUUUCAACGUUGCUGUACGUUCGAAAAGAAAUUUAAGAAGAAAAGAAAAAUGCUGCAAAGGAAAACCUCACAAAGCUAUGUGUCUUUCUCGUUCUUGGCUUUUUCCAAGGAAAUGAGGCUUGAGCCAGCUUUCCCGCGACAGGCGCGUUUCGGCGCGUUUCCGUUUCAAGGCAAAAGAGAGAGGGCUGGCGCUGAAACCAGGAAAUGGCGCAUGUGUGUGGGCGGGACAUGCAAAUUAAAGUGUCUGUUUCUCUCACGAGCUAUAGGAGCAAACAAUAAAAAGCUUGAAAGCCUUCCCUCCCUCCCCAAAAAAUAGCUACAGAUGUAUAUGCACUCUGUGUAUAAAGUCUGUCAGAGUUGUAGACAUGCAAAGAGACUGUAUUUGAUUUAUUUUUGUGUGUCAGUAUCCUGUAUAGUGUGAGGCACGUAGGAAGUGAUCAAUCAGUGUUUUUCUUAAACUACUCAGAGCUGCCUCAUAUCCUAAGGCCACUGGGCAAGCCGGAAUGUGCUUGUUUGGGGCGCCUGGGUGGCUCAGUCAGUUGAGCGUCCUACUUUGGCUCAGGUCAUGAUCUUGCGGUUUAUGAGUUUGAGGCCCGCGUCCGGCUCUGUGCUGACAGCUCAGAGCCUGGAGCCUGUUUCAGAUUCUGUGUCUCUCUGCCCCUCCCCUGCUCACAGAUUCUGUGUCUCCCUCUCUCUUCCCUGUCUCCUGCUCGAGCUCUCUCUGUCUCUUAAAAAAUAAAUAAACGUUAAAGGAAUGUGCUUGUUGUUUCAGGGAUCCAUGCCCUUCAGCAGUGUGACUGUAGCUUUUACCCAGGAUGGGUGGAGGCGCUUGAUCCCUGCUCCUAAGGACAGGUUCAAGGAGGGGAUACCAGAAAACACCAGGAACUUGGUCCUGCUGGGAGGGGCGGGGUGACCUCAGGCCAGUUCCUCCACAUUCAGUAAGUUCUUGUCUUUUUUAAUAACUUGCUUUGGGGACUUCACUUCACUCCUUGACUUGACCCCUCCUUGGCACUGUGUCUGUCUUAAUUACUGCUGCAUCCCCCAGUGCCUGGCACCAAGUAAGUGCUCAAUAAAUACCUACUGAGUGAGUGAAAUAAGCCACCUGACUAGUGUGUUUCCACUCCCUUGAGUUCUGGUGGCUAUUUAUACUUAAUCUACAUCUCUAAAGCCCAUUUUCCCCCUUGAAAAGGACUUCCAGUGUCCCAGCCUGGCAUGAACUCUCAGUUGGAACAAAGGGAAGAAGGCCCGUGGAUGCUGGAGGGAGGAGGCCUGAGGAGCACCUGCAUCGACUGGAAGAUUAUGUCUGAAUCACCACCCGAGCAAGACAUUUCUGAAAAUUCAUUCCAAGACGCAAGUAUAGAGAUGCCCCCUGGGGAGUCAGACCCCAGGAACAGUGAACCGGGGAAGGGCUUCAACCUGAGACCAGUCCUUUCUCCACAACAGAGAGUUCCUACAGAAGUGAGACCCCGCAAAUGGGAAGCACAUACAAAGAGCCUCAGGAAAAAUUCAGAUACCACGAAGCCUCACAGAGCGAAACCAUAUACGUGCAGUGAAUGCGGCAAAGCCUUCAGUUACUGCUCCUCCCUGUCUCAGCAUCAGAAGAGUCACACUGGGGAGAAACCGUAUGAGUGCAACGAAUGUGGGAAGGCUUUCGGCCAGAGUUCAUCUCUCAUUCAGCACCAGAGGAUUCACACCGGAGAGAAGCCUUACAAAUGCAACGAAUGUGGAAGAGCCUUCAGCCAGAACGCCAACCUCACCAAACACCAGCGAACUCACACGGGAGAGAAGCCCUACAGAUGCAGCGCGUGCGACAAGGCCUUCAGCGACUGCUCCGCCCUCGUCCAGCAUCAGCGAAUCCACACAGGAGAAAAGCCCUACGAGUGCAGCGACUGCGGGAAGGCCUUCCGCCACAGCGCGAAUCUCACGAACCACCAGAGGACGCACACAGGGGAGAAGCCGUACGAGUGCAGGGAGUGUGGGAAGGCCUUCAGUUACUGCGCCGCCUUCAUUCAGCACCAGCGAAUCCACACGGGGGAGAAACCCUACAAGUGUGGCGCGUGCGGGAAGGCCUUCAGCCAGAGCGCAAACCUCACAAACCACCAGAGGACUCACACGGGAGAGAAGCCCUACAAGUGCAGCGAGUGUGGGAAGGCCUUCAGCCAAAGUACAAACCUCAUAAUCCACCAGAAGACCCACACUGGGGAGAAGCCCUAUAAAUGUAACGAGUGUGGGAAGUUUUUCAGUGAGAGUUCAGCCCUCAUUCGACAUCACAUCAUUCACACAGGAGAAAAACCCUAUGAGUGCAAUGAAUGUGGGAAGGCCUUUAACCAGAGCUCCUCCCUAAGUCAGCAUCAGAGAAUCCACACUGGUGUGAAACCCUAUGAAUGUGCCGAGUGUGGGAAGGCCUUCAGGUGUAGUUCAGCUUUCAUUAGACAUCAGAGACUCCAUGCUGGGGAAUAACCAGAAACAACCAAAAAGUGGGUAGGGACCGGACAGGUAGUUUGAAAACCUCUGGAGACAUCGGGCUUUUUGUAGUCUGUAGCUCAGAGCCACAUGCAAAAAAAGCACCUUUAAUAAAUAGUCCCUACUUUACAUGUUGUAUGUGGAAGGUGUUGAGAGCUCUUCUUUUCAGGAAGCAUAAAUUACCCAAUUCAAAUUAGAGAUUGACCUUUAUUCAGUGAGUGCUUGUAUAGAGUGCACUGCAGAAACCUUGGUUCGUAAGAAGUGACCAGUGAGUGAAGGACUUGUUGCCUUCUUAAAGGCCAGGUAUUUGGGGAGGAUGUUAUCUCUGUGUGAAUAAGGGCUGUUAAAAAGAACCAACACUGAACAGGAAUGAACAGUUUCUCCAUAAUGGGGCCAAAGUGAGGAAAAAGACUAAAAGCCACUAACUACUAUAUGCUACAGUCUUACCAGGAGUAAGGAAGAUAUAUCCAUGUUCAAGAUAGGAAAAUCUAGGCAGACAGGCCCAAUGCACCUAGUUCUAGUGUUGGCUACUGCUAGGAAGAAAACUGUCCAGAGGGAAAAAUGGAGGCUGAAAGUAUCAGGAUGAAGCUAGUCAAAUCCCCCAGCAAGGUACAUCCCUUUCUAUGGAGACGCAAGAGAACCUGAAGCUCACCAUCUUCCCCUGGCUCUUAGGCUGGUGGGUCCUACACUUCCUCCCUUUCUAGAGAACAGUAUCCUUUAGGUCAAGAUUUUCCUUGUGGGCCUACUUUCUUCCUUGAAAGGUCCUGGGGGGCUUCUUUGACAUAUCCUCACACCCAAUCAGCAUGACCUCAUCUCUGCAUUUAUAAACCCCUGAGGUUUGACACUACGCAUUGACUUCAGAAUCAGCCUCAACAGUCAUCACCCAGGGCCUCUAGCUUGUUUCUUGGCAACUUGGCACAGGUCCUCAGUGCUCAGGUAAUCCUUUCACUAAAGACAGCUCUCCAACCUGCUUGUACCUGGGGCAAUUAAAAAAUCCACUAACUUGAAAGGCCCAUUGACAAAAUUACGGAAAGGCAAAGAUGCAAUACCGAGGAAAUUAAGUUCUUGGGUUAAUUAUUCAUAACCCCCUUUAGGUUAGUCCCAAAAGCCCCUUCAAGCAGCUUGAUUGUAGCUUGCCCCAGGACCCAGCUAUAUCAUCCACACCUUAAUAAAAAAAGGAGCCAAACUAAGGGAAGAGAGACUCAGGAAAGGCAAAAACAUGCCAUUAGAAAAUGACCUGUAAGGGGGCGCCUGGGUGGCUCAGCUGGUUAAGUGUCCCAACUUUGGCUCAGGUCAUGAUCUCACAGUUUGUGCGUUGAGCCCCGCGUAGGACUCUGUGCUGACAGCUCGGAGCCUGGAGCCUGCUUUGGAUUCUGUGCCCCCCUCCCUCUCUGCCCCUCUCCAGCUUCCACGCUCUCUCAAAAUACACUAAAAAAACUUUUUUUUAAAGAAAGAAAACGACCCUUAAGGACAUAAAGGUCAGGUUUCUUUGUUUCCCAUCAGUGCUUCUGAGCCCUGGCUGUGCACUGGAAUGGAUAGUGAAGCCUCACAUUAAGGGUUAUGGGCCCCUAACACACUCAAGAAUUAAACUGGUCUGGGAUAGAUUCCUGACCAUUUCACACUGGGGUAGUUUUCUUUUUGGCCAAGAAUUUUGUUCUUCUCAAGAGUUCUAUGAAUACAUACAGCCUACAAAUAGCACAGAGACUUCCUUUCUAGGGGUCUUCUCUGAGCUAGUCCCAUACAGGGCAGCAAUCUGACCCACAAGGAGCUUGUUACCCAAGCAAUGACUUUUUCCAGAGGUUCUGCCACCGUGACCCCAUUAGCCACCAUUUGACCACAAAGGGGGUAGGUCCCUCAAGGAAGAGCCUGUAUCAAAAGGUCCACUGGUUGUCAACUGAUCCUUUAUUAAAAUAGUUUCCUUUGUAGUUCUUGAUCUUAACUCUGUGGGAAAGAAAAAAGAAAAACCUAUCAUUAGUGGAACAAGAAAUUCUUAAUAGUCCAAACCCAUUACUGACCAUUUCUAGAAACUUUGCAGCCUGCACAAAUACUACUUUAGCUUUCCUCCAGCUCUCACCCUGAACUAGGCAAGAGAAACAGAAGUCACUUACAGCUGGACAUUCCACUGCACCACUAUUGAUGUCAUCUAUGAUGUCAUGAGGGUGGCGGCCAUCAACAUUGCAGCCCACAGAUUGGGCGGUCCCCAGAAUCU